AUGGAAAGAAAUUUGGACAGAGUACUUUCUGUGAUAGAACGGAAAGUAUUUGAAGCCAUUAGACUUAUAGAAAAUGAGGAAUUUUCCCUCAGUUUACAAGUUAUAAGUGAGGGUAAAAGAAAUUUACUGAGGAUUAGAAGUGCCAUUAGUGCCGAAACGUUGGAAUCCUUACAAGUUAAUUUUAAUAAAUUAGAACAAAUUUGUCAAAGGACUCUAACUACCAACAAUGAAAACAGUAAUGGUCGCUAUUUCGCUCCAAGAAUUAAAAAUGGAAGAGGCAGGCCAGCUGUUUUUAUAACUAAAGAGCAAAUUGAGUUGUUAAUAGGUGAAAAUUUUACUGCACGACAAAUUGCUCAACAUUUUAAUUGCUCAGAAAAAUUGAUAUAUAAAAAAUGUUAUUCAUUUAAUAUAAAAUUGAGAGACAAAUAUUUUACUGGUACUGAUGCAGAACUGGAGGAAGAAAUAUCAAGAUUACAUGUUGAAUACCCAAACAGUGGAGCUCAGGUUACUGUCAAAUAG